UGCGCCCGGCGGAGCGCACAGCCGCCCGCCCGCCGCGCCUAGUCUUCCCUGGAACGUCCUUUCCGUGACCCUGGAAGGUGGGUGGCAUAGGGAAGCGAGCUCGGGACUUCACCAGCCCCUCGGGUGUGCAUUCCCGUCGCGUGCUCAUCCAGUCGCCCAACCAUUUUUCCUGCCCCUCCAGCCGCCCAGUCGUCUCCCCCUCCACUGGCCCGCCCUCGCUUCCUCGGUCUCCCGCUCUCCUUUACAACUGUGUUGUUCAGGGGGCUUGAGGCCAGUUCAUCUGCAACGGCCCUGGACUUACCAACUUUAUUUUAAAAAUGACUAACCACACAGAAUAGGCAUCUUUUCCUUUUGCCAAGUAAGGAUAUUUAAAAACCUAAAACUGCCGUCUGUUAAUUCAUCCUUUAGAGAAAUAUACGUGAGCACCUACCCUAGCAGGCCUUGGAGGUACAGUGGUGAACUCUCAUUGCGUGGCGUUUCCCUUUUGGCGUGUGUGGGAAGAGAGAAAGGGCACUAAACGAAGAAAGAGACAAUGUCUAAAAUUGAGGAGGGCAGGUUUCUUUCUGCAGAUCUGAGAAGGGACCUUUGAAUUGAGUCCUGGAAGGCAGCUUUGGGGAUAGCUGAGAGAAUGUUCUGGAAAGAGAAGCUGGGUAAUGCAGAGAGCUGAAACAAAGUUCCAGGGGAAUGAGUGGGGAUAGGAUGAGACUGUGAGGUGGAGCAGGCAGGUGGCGUAGGGUGUCCAUCGUGAAGAGUUGUUUUCAUUCUGAAAGUAAUGGGAAAACAUUGAAGGAUUUUGAGCAAGAGCGCGAGCUACUCUGAUUUACGGUUUUAUUUUUUUUAUUAUUACUUUUCAUUUAUUUAUUUAUUUUUUUGAGAGAGAGAGUCUUAAGAGGCUCCACACCCAGCAUGGAGCCCGAAGGGGCUUGAUCUCAUAACCCUGAGAUCCUGACCUGAGCGGAAAUCAAGAGUCAGACGCUUAACCGACUGAGCCACCCAGGCGCCGGUGAUUUAUGGUUUGAAAAAACCACUCUGGCUUUUGUGUAGAGGGUGAAUGACAAGCAGCCAAGGGUAGAGGCAAGAGAUAAAUUAGGAAGUUGCCAAAGCAACCCGAGUGAGGGGAGAUAGUGGCUCAGUUGCUGGUGAGAAGUGGGUGGAUCCGGGUUGUGGUUUGGAGGCAGAACUUAAAGGAUGGUUUGGAUGUGGGGGAGUGAGGGUGGUGGAGGCAACCGCUUACUGAAAUAGGAAGACUGGAGGGAACGGGGUGUGGGGAAAAGUGGAGAGUUCUAUUUUGGACAUGCUAAAUUUGAGGUGGCUAUGAUUCAUCCAAGUGUAGAUAGAUGUCCAGUUGCAAAGGGAUAGAUGAAUGAGUGGGGGUGGGGCGCAGAGAUGCUCUGUGGGAAUAAAAGGGCUCCCCCUAAGGAGGGAGGAAGUUAGAAAGCUGAGGAAGACGUUGGGCAGAGGCCCAGGGAAAUCUGACCUUUAGAGCUAAAGGAUUAAGAAGUGGUGAGUGAGGUAGGAGGAAAUCCAGAAGGGUGAAGUCACCAGACCUACCUGCCAGACGUCAUCCUGCAGAAGCACUGUGGGCCAAAUCCUAGGGCCUCCCACAAAUACUUAUGUGAGCAGCACCUUGUUCUGAGCCUGGGACAGCUGUGGCCAUCCAGGAGGCAGACACGAGAGAGGGAGAGCACACACAAGCAGGGGGAGCUGCAAAGGGAGAGGGAGAAGCAGGCUCCCCACUGAGCAAGGAGCCUGAUGUGGGGCUCGAUCACAGAACCCCUGGAUCAUGACCUGAGCUGAAGGCAGACACUUAACCGACUGAACCACCCAGGAACCCUUGGACAGACAUUAUGCAUAUGGUGGAUGGUUACAAGGGCAGGAGCCCUUUUCUGAGGAAACCCCCGAAUGUUCAACCAAAGCAAAGAGCACCAGUAGAAGACGGCCAAAAAUGGAAAAGGAAAGUACUCGCCAUUGGUGUAUUAAAGAAAAAUUUUCCGAAAAGAGAGGAAACAAUCAUUGAUAGACAUGACUUGAAGAUGCAUGGAGCAGAACAGUUGGAAGCUGAAGCUCUCCGGCUCUGCUGCAAUUUUCUUCUGACCCUGCCGACCUCAGACCCCAGUCAUUGUCCCCAGGCUCCGCUAGCGAUGGACCCAUAUGUGAUUCAGAUGAGCAGCAACAGCAACCUCCCCUCCAUUCUGGAUGUGCACGUCAACAUUGGUGGGAGAAGCUCCUUGGUGGGAAAAAUGAAAGGCAGGAAGGCCAAAUGGUCAGUGAAGCCUUCAGACAUGUCCAACAAAACUUUCAAUCCUAUCCGGGCCAUUGUGGACAGCAUGAAGGUGAAGCCAAAUCCAGACAAAACCAUGAUUGCUCUGUCAAUUGGGGACCCUACUGUGUUUGGAAACCUGCCUACAGACCCUGAAAUUACCCAAGCCAUGAAAGACGCUCUGGACUCGGGGAAGUAUAAUGGCUAUGCUCCCUCCAUUGGCUACUUAUCCAGUCGGGAGGAGAUUGCUUCUUACUACCACCGGCCUGAGGCACCCCUGGAAGCUAAGGAUGUCAUUCUGACUAGUGGCUGCAGUCAGGCUAUUGAACUUUGUUUAGCUGUGUUGGCCAAUCCGGGACAGAACAUCCUAGUUCCGAGACCUGGUUUCUCUCUCUAUAGGACUUUGGCUGAAUCGAUGGGAAUUGAGGUCAAACUGUACAAUUUAUUGCCAGAGAAGUCUUGGGAAAUUGACCUGAAACAACUGGAAUCUCUGAUUGAUGAAAAGACAGCUUGUCUCAUUGUUAAUAAUCCAUCAAACCCCUGUGGGUCAGUGUUCAGUAAAAAUCAUCUCCAGAAAAUUCUGGCUGUGGCGGCAAGGCAGUGCAUCCCCAUCUUGGCUGAUGAGAUCUAUGGAGACAUGGUGUUUUCGGAUUCCAAAUUUGAGCCUCUGGCCACCCUCAGCAGCAACGUCCCCAUCCUGUCCUGUGGAGGGCUGGCCAAGCGCUGGCUGGUUCCUGGCUGGAGGUUGGGCUGGAUCCUCAUUCAUGAUCGAAGAGACAUUUUUGGCAACGAGAUCCGAGAUGGGCUGGUGAAGCUGAGUCAGCGGAUCCUGGGGCCCUGCACCAUCGUCCAGGGAGCUCUGAAAAGCAUCCUGCAUCGCACCCCUCAGGAGUUCUAUCACAACACUCUGAGCUUCCUGAAGUCCAAUGCUGAUCUUUGCUAUGGGGCAUUGGCUGCCAUCCCUGGACUCCAGCCAGUCCGUCCUUCCGGGGCCAUGUACCUCAUGGUUGGAAUUGAGAUGGAACAUUUCCCAGAAUUUGAGAAUGAUGUGGAGUUCACGGAGCGGUUAGUUGCUGAGCAAUCAGUCCACUGCCUCCCAGCAACGUGCUUCGAGUACCCGAAUUUCUUCCGAGUGGUAAUCACGGUCCCCAAAGUGAUGAUGCUGGAGGCCUGUAGCCGAAUCCAGGAGUUCUGUGAGCUGCACUACCAUUGUGCUGAAGGGAGCCAGGAGGAGUGUGACAAAUAGGCCCAGGUCCAUUCUCUUGAGCGUGUGUCCCAUCCGGGGAGGGCUGGACUGGGCCUUGCUGUUCCUCAAGAGGAAUCAGGUGCCCCUACUGGGAGAGGGGCCUCAAAAGCAUGUCAACGGUUCAGAAUUGCUCCUGCUUUCCCCCAACUAUGUCCACAUACACACUCUGCAUCCCAGAUUCUCCUCUCACUCUGCUCUGCUGGAGUGACUCACUAAUUCAUGAAUCCGCCCCAUCCUAUAUGACUUCCUCCUUUUUUCCUGAGAGUACUAGGUGAGCAAAAUUUACCAGAAAGUGGUAGAUACAAGAAAAGUAAAAGCUCAUGAUGAGAGAAACAAAAGAUUGAGAGAAUUUGUGCCCCCAAACAUUUCCUCAUACUGUAAGUAAGAGUACACUCUCUCCAGUCAGGUCUGAGGCCCAACUCUGUUACUGCUUCACUUCAGGUAUACCUCGCUUUAUGCAAUAGAACUAUAACGAAAGAAGUUGGGGACACAUAUAUUUGGUUUAUUAUAUUUUAAACACAUUAGGAAAAUUUGCUAAUUUGAAGGAUCCCUUACAGAAACCUUCUUGUUAAUUUUUUUAAAAAGAAUUAUUGAUUGUACGGGGCGCCUGGCUGGCUCAGUUGGUAGAGCAUGUGACUCUUGAUCUUGGGGUCAUGAGUUUGAGCCCCACACUGGGUACAGAGAUUACAUACACACAUAAAUAAAUAGAAUUACUGAUUGUAAAGGUAAUCAAUGGACUUUCUAAAUUUCGAUAUGUGUACAUCAGGGUUUCUUAAAAUGAGGGCACAUCUGUAACUUUAAAAAAAAAAAAGGAGGAAUCAUAGGACCUUCCAGAAAUACUGUGGUGUAAGGGCCAGAAAUAUCCUCACUUAUCAUUUUUAUGGAAUCAUUGCUUUUGCUGUAAGGUUGAUAUUGAUUUAUUGAUAUAUAUAUUAUAUUAUCUUUUCAUAUGUUUUCUAAGGAACAUUUAUAUUGACAAGAUCCUUUAUUUUGCCAAGGGCAUAAAUUAUUGUUUUUCUUCUUUUUUAAAAAAUAAAAUAAAUUUUACUAAGUAUG